AUGAUUGCUUUAGACGGCGGUGGCGGUAAAUUUACUUGGGGCGCUUCUGGUAAACUUUAUGAGGAGCCGGAGUUCGUCGAUCCAGAGGACCCCAAUUAUGAUUCUGACAACCAGGGUAAAGUGAAGUUCGAGUCCAUUACUCCAGAAUUGUCUGAAGAACAUCUGGAAAAAUAUGGGAGACGAAUCAUCGAGGACUAUCUCGAAAACGGUGACACUGAGGAUGCUAUCGUAUGUUUUUUUCUAUUAAUGAUUUAAUG